AUGUGGGGAUCCGCGAACACCAGUCCGGUAACUUCUGUAACAACCCAGUCGCAGUCGCCUACUGUGAGCGACGAGAUUGCGAGCAUCAGCGGGAGCACGAGAGCGGUGGCUAGAGGAGUGUGGGGCGGUGGAGCUGGUUUGGAGGGGGUUUACGGUGGUAAUGGCGUGACAAGGUUUGGAGCCUUUCCGUCCGCCUGCUCUGCUCCCAACCUUCACGCGCUGACCCAGGCUCUAACGUCAUCCCCGUCACAACCGAACUCAAUAAAAGCACACGCUGUGCUAAAGAGUCAGCCAGCGCAGCAGCAGCAGGCGCUCAUGCAACAACUGCUUCAGCUUCAACAGGCGGAUCCGUCACCCCCACACCACACCCUGAAACCGGCUCACCUGUCCGGUGCUGCUGGCACAGCCGGCACAGCGUAUGCACCUGGAGAGGCAGGAGUGAAGGGUGCAUUGGGAGAAGCUGGAGGGUUGGGAGAGUCUGGUGCUGCAGUGGCAGCCAUGGCCCAGCAGCUCUCUGCCUCUACGCUUCAUGGAGCCCAGCAUCCCCAGCAACCCCAGCAACCCCAUCAGCCUGCCCUUCAGAGUGCGCACCGUCAACCGCUCUUCGACAGCCUCUGGGUGGAGGACAGCGAUUCGCUCGCCUCACCUGCAUGCGCUGCGGAGGCUCCGGCUGUCAGCAGUGCUGGCAAGCGGUCGUGGCGGCGACCUGUGAAUGACACUGCAUGCCUGCAGGGCUUGGAUGCUGCUGGGGGGGUGGAUGGAGAAGGGGGGGAGGAGGGCAGGAUGGAGGAAUCUGGUGCGAGUGGUGAGUCUGAGCAGGCUGCUCCUGCUCAAGACAAGCAUGCGGCUUGUGAGCCGCUAAUGGUCGACUUGGACCUCAAGCUCUAA